AUGUACCCGAAUUGCGGCAGUACGGGUGGCAACGGUUCGCUCAUAGCAUCGGCCGGUUCGGUGAUUGGGAUCGCCUCAGACAUCGGCGGUUCCACGAGAAUACCGGCCUAUUUUUGCGGUGUAUUCGGUCACUGCACGACCCCAGAGCUGGUGCCCACAGACGAACACUGGCCGCCAUACCCGGCCGGUAGGGAUCGUAUGCUAUCGUACGGACCAAUGGUGCGGUACGCGUCUGAUAUGAAACCAAUACUCAAAGUAUUACUCGGAGACAAAGUCUCGGCCCUUAAGUUGGAUGAAAGCGUCGACUUAAGCAAACUUAAAGUCUAUUACAUGUUUGAAAUCAAUGACCCAUUGCUCACACCCGUCAGCGCCGAGACCCGCAAAGGGAUCUCUGAUGUGAUCCAGCAUUUGAAGAGUUUGGGCGCAACCGUCCAAGAGAUCCAUUUGAAGCAAUUCGAGCACUCAUUCCUCAUAUGGCAGUCCUCUAUGCGAGUGGAAGGCGUCACUCCUUUCGGUGAAGAACUCACUAACAGGAGUGGACCCAUAAACCCAUUCCUCGAGUUAUUUAAGUCCAUUUACGGCGGAUCUGAACACAGUCUCGAAGCCAUCUGUGUGUCCGUAUUUGAUGCCAACCCUCCCAAAGACGAAGUGUUGCGUAAAUUCAAAGCACUCGGCGAAGAGUUGAAGACAGAACUUCACAAAGUCUUGGGAGAUGACGGCGUUUUGCUAUUCCCUGACCAUCCGGACAGUGAAGUCAAACUGAACGCAACUCUAUUCAACUUCAAGAACUGUGUCUACACUGCGGUCUUCAACUGUCUGUCAGUGGCUGUAACUCAGGUCCCGUUAGGGCUCAACACCAGACGCCUACCACUGGGUGUUCAGGUGAUCGCCAAAGGAUUCAACGAUCACUUGACUAUCGCUGUGGCCGAAGAACUGGAGAGACAUUUCGGUGGUUGGGUUCCGCCCACAAGAAUCAAUUUGAAUCGUAUCAAAACUGGACAACCGCACAUUAAUGCUGUGAUCGAUGAACGCUAUGAACUGGCCGUAGAAGAAGCCAAAGAAGUCGAUAAACGGGUCACUCAUGAGCUUCAGGGCAAUGAACCACUCAAUGGAGUGUCCAUUCAUUCACAGCCAUUGUUAGGCAUUCCCUUUGCUGGUAAAGACAGUAUUCCCAUCAAAGGUCUCUUCCAAACCACUGGAUGUCCCGCUCGAAAGGGCAUUAAAGCCACAGAAGAUGCAAUUGUUGUGAAAUACCUUCGAGAUGCCGGUGCUAUACCGGUGUGUAUGACAAAUGUGCCGGAAUUGCUGUUGUGGUGGAAUGCAUACAACAAGCUCUAUGGACAGACAUACAACCCGUACGACAAAUCUGUCAUUCCUAGCGGUAGUUCUGGUGGUAGCGCAUCGCUUGUGUCAUCAGCCGGUGCUCCACUGGGCAUUGGAUCAGAUCUCGCGGGAUCCAUACGAAUGCCUUCAUUCUUCUGCGGUUUGUUCGGUCACUGCAUUACACACGAACUGAUUCCCAAAGACAAUCACUGGCCGCCAUAUAAUGAAGAAACUAAAAAACUCUUAACAUAUGGACCGAUAGUCCGAUUCGCGACUGAUUUGAAACCAAUGGUCAAAGUAUUUGUCGGCAAAAACGCAUCGCAACUAAAAUUAGACGAAAGCAUAGAUUUGACACAAAUUAAAGUCUAUUACAUGUAUGAAAUGGAUGACCCCUUCAUCACUCGUGUCACUCCAGAUGUACGGAAGGGUAUCACUGAUUGUGUGCAACAUAUGAAAAGUUUGGGCGCAACUGUUCAAGAGGUUAAUUUAGAUAAAUUAAAGCACUCCUGGUCAAUUUGGACGCUCACUAUGAAAGCAAUGAAUGACACGCCGAUGACUGAAGAGAUGACUAACAGAAACGGAUCCAUCAAUUUGUUCGCCGAGUUAUUCAAAACCCUUUUCGGCGGCUCUGAUCACACAUUAGGAGCACUCGCUUAUGCUGUUUGGGGUAAACUGUAUACAAGUGAACAGGAAAUACAAGAAUAUCUCAGAAUCCGGGACGAGUUGAAGACAGAACUGACACAACUCUUAGGUAUAGUUUGUUUGAUUCAUAUGUAG